UGAGCUUCAGUUCAGCCACCGUCCAUUCUGCGUUUCCCUAGAAUCCACGCCUGCUUCAGUUAUCUCACUGGUACUCGUUACGCCGUUGUGUCUGCGCUGCCCCUGUGUCGCCACCGUCAUUCAAGUACUUUCUCACUUUCAGGGAUCCGCAGGUACAUCUCUAGGGCGUUUCUUGCCGGGCCGUUUCUGGUUAGGCGAGGUUGCAGCAGAGGCAUUCGUGCAGGCAGGAUAAGUCCGUGCGAUAAUAUAUCGGUAAAAGAGAAAGUAAACCGUGUAUUGUUGUCCAACGAGCCGUGCGCAUCGCUCAACCAUCUGAUAUCGGUUGCUCGUCAAAUCCUCCCCAUUUCCUGAAGUCGUCGUUUCCUGCCACCAUGCUGCCGUCAGUCGCAGUCGCGCUGGUGCUGCUCGCCGCGUCAAUCCCGGCGUCGGACGCGCAAGUGCGGCCCGGGUGCAUCCGGAAGUACCAAUGCCCGCGUCGCGGCAGCAAUCAGUGCGGUCUCUAUUACGUCUGCUCCGACUCUGCGAAACCCAAGCCGCCGUACACCCUGCAGCCGUGCGACACAUGCUCGUUCAGAGACAACGUUAAAGCCUACGCUCAAGUGUGCAACUUCAAGACCGGCCGAUGCGUGGUCAAUGCUAUCGAUGGCAAGCCUUGCACUGCAAAUGCCCAAUGCGGCAAGACGGGCGAGUUUACAUGCCUGGAGAACAAGGGUAGCAAAACCAAGCCCAAGGCCAAGCGCUGCUGCAGGACCAAGUGCCCUCCUGGCUUGUGCGGUUACGGCAAGGCUCCCGCAACUUACGUCAAUGCUUGUGGAACGAGGAUCACCUGCCCCGGAGUUUGCCCAAAGAAGUGAUUGCCCUAAGGCGUUGAGGAGACGCGUAGGUCAAUAUCAAACACUAUGAUAGCUAUUGAACUAUUUAUUACCAUUUGCGUUGUAAUAUUAAAGCUCACUGGGAAAUACAGAACGUCAGGUGCUUUUGCAACGUGACGGCAGUUGCACCGUGCCACUAUCGUAUACAGGCUCCUGGAUAUUUGCGAAGCGAAUCGCCAUGGUUCCAUGUUUCCUGGGGAUUCUUGGGGACAAAAUUGUGAGACAAACCGAUUUGAGGACACCCCCGUGAUUUUUACGACAUUCAAGAAUAUGAUUUCCAUUCCGCCCAAUGGCAAAAAGGUUGUUCCGACAGACCAUAACUUUCGCACUCCACCUCCUCAUUCCUGUAUCUCCCACCUCUCCUAGACAUACCUUGGCGUCGCCAACGAGAGGCAGAUGAUAAGUGUGCUGUAGUGAUCGUUUCUCGCCUAGAGACUGCAGGCGUUUCGUGGUUCUUAAGUCUCUUUGACUUUGCUUGCGUACCCUAUCUGCCUUCGACAAUCAAUAAAGAGGCCGACCUUCAUAUAUCAGACACUAGUUUCCACAGGCACGUAGCUUGCUUGUUACUUGUAUGCUGGUCCGAAGCAACUGCGUAGCUCCCGAUACGCCUCCCCACAGCAUACGUAGCUUCGGUAGGCAGCAUGCAGUUAAUCUCCGUAACGCGGCUCGGGUUGAAGCCUGUAGCAUUCAGGCCUUCAGAUGUCGAUUUACCGGGAUCAGUGGCAAUCGAUCGUUGGUGGAAUCAGACGAUCUCAACCGUCAGAUCCCCACCAUCUACGGCCCCCGUGCGAUCGCGCGUAUUCGCGCGCAUCCAGAUCGACCGCCGGAAGCACCUUGAGGAGCUCUUCCGCCGUCAGCUGGAGGAGGAGAAGCGGCGUGCUGAGUCAGCAGUGACAUGUCCUGUGGAUUGCGUGAGGGAGGUGCGGACCAUGGCUGAUCUGGAAGCGGAGCUGCUUACAGCGGAGCAGAAUAAGCAGCUGGUGGUUGUGGAUUUUUACAACUCCGCAUGCGGCUCUUGUAAAUACAUUCUUCCCAAAUUUAUUGACCUCUGCAAAUCGGGCUGUCAGGGUGACUCCGAGUGUGCUGUUGAUUGGAUGGCAGAUGCAGCGGAUAGGGUUACAGCUGAUGGGGUUAGAGCCGAGGGUUCUACAGAGAAUGUGGUUGGAGAUAGUGCGGUCACUGGCAGUGUAGCAGCAUCUUCUAGUGAGAACUCGUCCGCAGAUGUUGAUACGGAAACAAUGCGGCAUGAAUUUUCAGCCGUUCGGUUCCUCAAGCACAACGUCCGAGACGACUAUGAUGAUCUAACGGAGAUUGCCCUGUUGUAUCGAAUCAAGCUGGUCCCAGCCUUCGCUUUCUUCAAGGACGGUUCUUGCAUUGGCCAGGUUGCUACAAGAAACACCGGCAGGGUGGCAGCUGCACUAGCAACCCUGCUGGCAGGGCAGAAGCUGUGAUGGUAGUGUGCGUGGUGGUUGCCACCAAGUGUGCUGACAGGCUGGAGGCUCCAGCUAUAGGAUGCGUGGCAGUGACACCUCAGUAGAAGGAUACAUGCAGCUGUCUAUUUAUCUAUUGAACAUGUGUCGUUGUACAUAUUGGGUGGUUAGGAGUGUACAUAAGCUACGAUUCGCAGUAGCUUCAAGCACUUCUAACAGUUCAGGCGUGUACAUUCGAACGAAGACUGCAGGGUUUUGUGUGCUUUGCGGAUGGUGAACCUGGGGGGUUUCGGCAUUCCCGAGGUUUUCCGCCAGGCCCACCACAAACUCAUUCUUUCACUCCAUCUCUCCCUGUGCGCUCGGCCUCUCCUACUGUACGUCGCUUGCCUGCCUAGCACAACCCUGCCACCAGCCUGCCUGGAGAUUAAUCUCGAGUUUCUGUCAGAAUUGAACAUACGUGUUAGGCCGGCAACAGAACCUACGGUACGCCAAUUCCUUGAAAUUCGCGCGUGACGGCUUCCAGCCUGCUGUUGCUUGCUGCGAGUUCUGCUGUGGAAAUCAGAAACCCUAGAUUUACGUUUCGCGAACCCGGAGUCUACUAUUGUUGAUUAGUCAGCAAGCGGCAAGGAGUCAGGCAUGGGGACGGAACGCAAGCGUAAGAUCAGCCUCUUCGACGUCCCGCCAGAAACGAGCCGCCAGAAGGUGGACGGACUAACGGACGCGGCUGCAGCGGCGGCGGCUGUAAUCGCGGCGGCAGCAGCGACGAUUAACCCAUAUAAUGGCCGGCCGUACACGCAGCGGUAUUUUGAUAUUCUCGAAAAGCGGCGGACGCUGCCGGUGUGGCAGCAGAAGCAGGAGUUUGUGGAGCUCCUGAAGAAGCAGCAGAUCAUCGUGCUCGUGGGAGAGACGGGUAGCGGGAAGACCACACAGAUUCCCCAGUUUGUCGUGGAGUGCCUGAACGCGACCCCCAAGAAGCAGGUCGCGUGCACGCAGCCGCGGCGAGUGGCGGCGAUGUCGGUGUCGCGGCGAGUGGCGGACGAGAUGGAUGUGACUAUAGGGGAGGAGGUCGGCUACUCGAUUCGAUUCGAGGACUGCAGCGGACCCAAGACCAGCCUCAAGUACCUGACCGACGGUAUGCUUCUACGUGAGGCCAUGGCCGAUCCUUUAUUGGAACGUUACAAGGCCAUCAUCCUGGACGAGGCGCACGAGCGCACGCUGGCGACGGACGUGCUGUUUGGGCUGCUCAAGGCGGUGCUGGAGCACCGCAAAGACCUCAAGCUGGUGGUCAUGAGCGCCACUCUCGAGGCGGAGAAGUUCCAAGGGUACUUCCAUGGGGCGCCGCUCAUGAAGGUUCCUGGAAGGCUGCAUCCCGUCGAGAUCUUCUACACGCAGGAGCCAGAACGAGAUUACCUGGAAGCCGCCAUCCGCACGGUGGUACAGAUCCACAUGUGCGAGCCCCCCGGCGACAUCCUCGUGUUCCUAACUGGAGAGGAGGAGAUCGAGGACGCGUGCAAGAAGAUUGCCCGCGAGGUGCAGAACCUGGGCGACCAGGUCGGACCCGUGAAGGUCGUGCCGCUCUACUCCACUCUGCCGCCCGCCAUGCAGCAGAAAAUCUUUGACGCCGCCCCGCCGCCCGUGAAGGAAAACGGCCCGCCCGGGCGGAAAAUCGUCAUUUCCACCAACAUCGCAGAGACUUCCCUCACGAUCGACGGUAUCGUGUAUGUCAUCGACCCAGGGUUCUCCAAGCAGAAGGUCUACAACCCUCGGAUCCGCGUCGAAUCGCUCCUAGUCUCCCCGAUUUCGAAAGCCUCGGCGCACCAGAGGGCCGGCCGCGCCGGCCGAACCCAACCCGGGAAGUGCUUUCGGCUAUACACGGAACGGUCCUUCCAAAAAGACCUUCAGGAGCAAACCUACCCGGAAAUCCUCCGGUCCAACCUUGCAAACGUCGUCCUGACCCUAAAAAAGCUCGGGAUCGACGACCUGGUGCACUUUGACUUCAUGGACCCACCUGCUCCGGAAACCCUAAUGCGGGCGCUGGAGUUGUUGAACUACCUGGGGGCGCUGGACGACGAGGGGAAUCUGACGAAGCUAGGGGAGCUCAUGAGCGAGUUCCCGCUCGACCCGCAGCUGUCCAAGAUGCUGGUGGUGUCGCCCGACUACAACUGCUCCAAUGAGAUACUCUCCGUCACUGCCAUGCUCUCAGUGCCCAACUGCUUCAUUCGGCCACGCGAGGCGCAGAAGCAGGCGGACGAGGCAAAGGCGCGAUUCUCCCAUGAGGAUGGCGACCACCUCACGCUGCUCAACGUCUUCCAUGCGUACAAGCAGAAUGGCGAGGACCCCAACUGGUGCUACGAUAACUUUGUGAAUGCCAGGGCGCUGAAGGCAGCGGACAACGUGCGCAACCAGCUGGUGCGCAUCAUGAUGCGCUACGCGCUCAAGAUGUGCUCCACGCCGUUUGAGUCGGCCGCCUACUACCCCAACAUCCGCAAGGCGCUACUCUCAGGCUUCUUCAUGCAGGUGGCGCAUCUAGAGAGGACGGGGCAUUACCUGACAGUCAAGGACAAUCAGAUUGUGCACCUGCACCCGUCCACGGGGCUGUCGCACAAGCCAGAGUGGGUCAUCUACAACGAGUUUGUGCUCACCACAAGGAACUUUAUCCGCGUCGUCACAGAUGUCAAGGGCGAGUGGCUGCUGGACAUCGCCCCUCACUACUACGACCUUGCUAACUUUCCCCAGUGCGAGGCGCGGCGGGUGCUUGAGCGGAUUGUGCUCGUGCGCAACCGGGACAGAGUCGAGGCGGCUAAAAAGGGAGAUAACUAGUCCUGGCAAUACAUUCAAAGAAAAUAACUCUUUUCCGCCUUAUGGCACGGCAAAAUGGUGGGUGGGAUUUGGCAGGAAGUUGUUUCAUCUGUGCAACAGAAGCGAAUGCAUGUGUGUAGGGGAAUGCUGCGUUUCACUACACAAAUGCCAUGUGUUUGUUUGGAAAUAGUGUUGCUGACAUGAUACGCUCCACACUAGAGGUGCCGGUGUGCAAGGAAAUUUUGCAAGGUCUUCUACUAUACCAAUACCAGGGACCUGA